GCCGCGAGCCGGCGGAGGCGGCGAAGACGGCGGGCGGGCGGGCUAGCGGGUGGCGGGGCCGGGAGUGACGUAGCGUGGCCCGGGCGUUAUCAGCUGCGUGGCUGCAGACUGGAGCAGCGCGGGAUGCGAGUGCGGGCGGCAUGAGCUCGCGGCCGGGUCCCUAGCGCGUGCUGCUGCUCCUGGGCUGGCCGGGCUUCGGGGGGUCAUGAAGCCCGACGCGGCGCGCGAGCCCGAGCUGCUGAGCCCCGGCCGGGGCGCCGAGGCCGAGGGGCGCUGGCGCGAGAGGGGCGAGGCGGACACGGAGCGGCAGCGCACCCGGGAGCGCCAGGAGGCCACGCUGGCGGGGCUGGCGGAGCUGGGGUACCUGCGGCAACGCCAGGAGCUGCUGGUGCGCGGUGCGCUUCGCUGCUCCGGGGCCGUGGGGAGCGUCGCGCCGCGCGCCGGGGAGCUGCGGGGGGACGCGGCGCAGCGCAGCCGCCUGGAGGAGAAGUUCCUGGAGGAGAACAUCUUGCUGCUGCGAAGGCAGUUGAAUUGUUUGAGGAGAAGAGAUGCUGGUUUGUUGAAUCAGUUGCAAGAACUUGACAAGCAGAUAAGUGACCUGAGACUGGAUGUGGAGAAGACAUCUGAAGAGCACCUGGAGACAGACAGCCGCCCUAGCUCAGGGUUUUAUGAGCUGAGUGAUGGAGCUUCUGGAUCCCUCUCUAACUCCUCCAACUCCGUCUUCAGUGAAUGUUUGUCCAGUUGCCAUUCCAGCACCUGCUUCUGCAGCCCCCUGGAGGCAGCCUUGACCAUCUCAGACAGUUGUCCCAAAUCUGCAGAUCUCAUAGGAUGGUUGGAAUGUAAAGGCGGCCACUGUGAAGACCAGGUCUCAGGGACAAUUUGCAGUUCCCUCUCCACACCACAAUUUAAUUCCCUUGAUGUCAUUGCAGAUGUGAAUCCUAAAUACCAGUGUGACCUUGUGUCUAAAAACGGGAAUGACGUAUAUCGCUACCCCAGUCCACUUCAUGCUGUGGCUGUGCAGAGCCCAAUGUUUCUCCUUUGUCUGACGGGCAACUCUCUGAAGGAAGAAGAGGGACUUGGGAACCAUGCCAGCGACAUUUGCAUUGGAUCUGAACUGAAUGCCCCCAAAACAGAUAAUUCCCUGCCAUCUCCAAGCAGUUUGUGGUCAGCUUCCCAGCCUGCAUCCAGUAAGAAAAUGGAUGGGUACAUUCUGAGCCUGGUCCAGAAGAAAACACACCCUGUAAGGACCAACAAACCUAGAACCAGUGUGAAUGCUGACCCUACCAAGGGGCUUUUGAGGAAUGGAAGUGUGUGUGUCAGGGCCCCUAGUGGUGUCCCACAGGGCAGUAGUGUGAACCUUAAGAAUACAAAACAGAUGUGUUUGCCCUCUGGGGGAAUACCCUCUUUGGAAAAUGGGCCAUUCUCCCCUCCUAAGCAGAGGGCAAAAGACUCAAAGACAGACCAGUUAGAAAGUAAGAGGUUGCCUCUGCCAGAGGGUUGUUCGGCAGGCGCUGCCAUGGAACCCCAAAGCAAGUAUCUGCCCAAAACCACCAAGGCAGCCUCUCAAGAGCUCGCAAGGUGUCAAGCUGGACUGGGGGAAUCCAUGAAGGAAAGCAAUCAGGGCUCGGGUGUUUCUCCUAAAACAAGUCCGGGCAGAGGCCCUGUCGCCCCCGCAGAGAACAAAACCCUGCAGCUCCAGAAAAAGAUGCCGCAGAAGAACAGCCUCCAGGCUUUGCCUGCGGUGGACAGGCCGGCCUUGGACUUCAAAAGCGAGGGCUCUUCUCAAAGCCUCGAGGAAGGGCAUCUGGUGAAAGCUCAGUUCAUCCCAGGGCAGCAGGCGGGCGCCAGGCCUCACCGUGCACACAGGAACCCGGGUGUCGCAAGGAGCGCCACCUUGAAGGCUCGCGGCCAGGCAGCCAUGGAGCACAGCCUGCCCACCGUCAGGGAGAAACCGCGGGCCGCAGGCAAGAAGUGCCGUUUCCCAGACGACUCGGAUACAAAUAAGAAACUCAGGAAGGCCUCCUCCAAGGGCCGGCGCAGUGGCGGGCUGCCCGAAGCGGGCCUUCCCGGCAGGCCCCUGGGCACCGGCGGCCAUAGGGCGGGCAGCAGGGCGCACGCACACGGACGGGAGCCGGUGGUGGCCAAACCUAAGCACAAGCGAACCGACUACCGGCGAUGGAAGUCGUCGGCCGAGGUCUCCUACGAAGAAGCCCUGCGGCGGGCACGGAGGGCUCGCAGGGAGCACGAGAGCGCCUACCCGGUGGCCGUGGCCCUGCCAUACGCCAGCCCCUACGCCUACGUGGCCAGCGACUCCGAGUACUCGGCAGAGUGCGAGUCCCUCUUCCACUCCACGGUGGUGGACACCAGCGAGGACGAACAGAGCAACUACACCACCAACUGCUUCGGCGACAGCGAGUCCAGCGUGAGCGAGGGCGACUUCGUGGGCGAGAGCACCACCACCAGCGACUCCGAGGAGAGCGGGGGUUUGAUCUGGUCCCAGUUUGUCCAGACUCUCCCAAUUCAAACGGUCACGGCCCCAGACCUUCACACCCGUCCCACAAAAACCUUUGUCAAAAUUAAGGCCUCGCACAACCUCAAGAAGAAGAUCCUCCGCUUCCGGUCUGGCUCUUUGAAACUGAUGACCACCGUUUGAGCUGGUAUAAGCGAGUGUCUUUCCCUACCCCUAGUCUCUGAAAAAAAAAAAAAAGAAGGUGGUAUCUUAAUAUUUGUGUCAUACUUGUAUGGACGCUAGUGCCUUUAAUGGAAGGUGAAGGAUGUAUCGCUAGUUAGAAGUGAAUAUUGAGGUCUUCGUGGUGGUGAUAGUGAAUGCAUUUUGAUGUGUCUGGCAAAGUACAGGUGUGUGAUGUUCAAGUUUUAUUUGGAUGAGACCUUUUGUGUCCAAGGUCCGUGGAUAAAAUUUUUAAGCCGUGAACUCGCUCCUUGAUUCUUUAGGGUUGUGUCCCUGAAAGGGCUUUCCAGUUGAGGGGCAUUGCAUACAAUUGCAUAGAAUAGGUAGAAAAAAAAUGGUCAUUGCUUUCUGUAAAUUUUUUACUAUAGUCAACACUUCUCAGAUGUCUCUCCAUUCUAUUUUCUUCUUAGAAGUACACUUUUUACUGGGUUUAGAACUUAGUAGACCAGACUGUAAAUCUGGAGGUGAUAAACCGGAUAGGGAGACUGAUAGGACCUUAAAAGGAUUCACAAAAACCUUUGCCACGUGUAGUGCCUCAACCUUCGUUACAGUAACCCUUUCUUGGGCCAUAUAUUCAGCAGUUUUUGAUGCCUUUCUAUCUCUCUGCUCCUAACUUGUAGCCAAUACAACUCUUUGUCCCCUAGAGGCCUUGCCUUUGGGAUAAAGUGUUGGUCCUUUGGUGCAAAGAAAUUCACCCUUACUGGGUAUGACUCCAAGCCCAGAAUUGCUCUCCCCAAGCACUGUGCCACCUAAGCACUGGCCUAAACUGUAGUGCAGUUCAAUCCUCACCAGACCACUCAUUUAUCUGGAAGGGCUUUACAUUUUUUAAAAAGUUUUUGCUAAACAGUAUUGUGUAAAAUAGGGUUUUUAAAAUACUGGUGUAUGCAUGUUUUGUGCAUGAGUAGUAGUUAUUUGGAUUCUUGUUUUGAUAUUCCUGUUGUUGAAUUACUGUAUGAUAUAAACAGUAUGUGUUUUAUAUAUAUCAUUGUGUAAAUUUAAUAUAACACAUUAUAUGCUGUACUAAAUGAUUUGUUUUAUUGCUGUUAACUUUGUUAUUUGUUAUAAAAACCAGAUGUUUACACCUAUAAA